CCAACGUGCUUACGUCCGGGCGUGACUGCGAUGGCCGUGGAGGUACCGCCGGCAAGUGUCGAGAGCUCUACCCUGAGACGGAUUGUGGUUGUCCUUGCUUGGUGUAGCUUGCCAUCAAACGCGCAGUCCGACCUCGGUUCUAAAAAUAGGUAGCCACAUCCUCGAGAAUCAGUACCAAGUGAUACCAGGUGCUCAAAGACAUAACAGCUGUAAUGCAAACCGACAAAACGUCUUUCAUGUUGCAGGACGUCAGAUCCAGGUGUGAUCGUUCCCUUAGAAAGCGAGCAGUCGGUCCCGAGUAUCUUGGGACAUUCAUCGCUGUCCGAUGGAAUGCGCAACAAUCCCAGUGGAGCCCUCUUCGUCAUGCGCGGUCGGCGAUCAAAGGCAGAGUAGAGUUAACCUCGCCAAUCAACGAUCCUCGAGAAGUCCAAGGCAAGCUGUCCAUGUCCAUCAAUCAUCGCUCACUGCCGCACCUGAGCGUGAACUGUCCAUCACAAUAUAACGCUUGCACGGUGGAGCAACAGAGACUCUGCGUGCAUGCCGGGUGUCCGAUGGACGCAUGAACAAAACUGCGCGGCUGGAGGAGGCUCUGAGCACCGCGUUGAGGUCGUAACGCACGUCAGGCUGACCCCACUUUCUUGGAUGCCGUACCUACGUAUUCGUGACAUCGCGAGGGGUCGACGUCUGCCCGACUGGCCGCAGACUGAUGCAGAGAAAGAUAGUACGAUGCGCUUGGUACUUGCGACUAUUGCGGAGGUCCAACUUUUGCCCGGGACGCAGAGAACGAUCGAAGGGGUCGCUGCCCGAGACCC